AUGAUGAUGAUAACAGGACACGCCCCCCCUGUUGAUUCUCCCCACACCUGGUACCAACUCCAAUCAGCGCACCUGCUACUCAUCCUGCUCCAUCAUCUGCCUUCAAAUGCCAGUCGGACUUUCCUCUCCCUGCCGGAUUGUUGCUUACCACUGAAAAUAACCCACCUUUGGAAUCCUCUGCUGCCAAUAGCGCACUGGAACAUCAAGUCUGCAGCCCCACUGAGGAACACAGCCCAGCACCCCCUCUGCCAGUCCGGCCAACUUCGGACCCAGCACCCUCUCUGCCAGUCCAGCCAUCUUCGGACCCAGCACCCCCUCUGCCAGUCCAGCCAUCUUCGGACCCAGCACCCCCUCUGCCAGUCCAGCCAUCUUCGGACCCAGCACCCCCUCUGCCAGUCCAGCCAUCUUCGGACCCAGCACCCCCUCUGCCAGUCCAGCCAUCUUCGGACCCAGCACCCCCUCUGCCAGUCCAGCCAACUUCGGACCCAGCACCCCCUCUGCCAGUCUGGCCAACUUCGGACCCAGCACCCCCUCUGCCAGUCCGGCCAACUUCGGACCCAGCACCCCCUCUGCCAGUCCGGCCAACUUCGGACCCAGCACCCCCUCUGCCAGUCCGGCCAACUUCGGACCCAGCACCCCCUCUGCCAGUCCGGCCAACUUCGGACCCAGCACCCCCUCUGCCAGUCCGGCCAACUUCGGACCCAGCACCCCCUCUGCCAGUCCAGCCAACUUCAGACCCAGCACCCCCUCUGCCAGCCCACACUCACAGCUUCAAUAAAAUAAGAUUCUUUACCACCUACUCCAGACUGCGCCUGAGUUCUGAUCCUCCUUCCUGACAGCUCAUUGUGUUAAUUUACAACAAUGUAUUAUAAAAUUAUCCUGUUUUGUAUGAAAAUUCUUAAUCUGAGAGUAACUAAUAACUAAAGCUGUAGUUGAGUAAAGAAAGGACAAUAUGUCACUUUGAAAUGCAAUGUAAUGGAGGAACAAAGUGUCAUAAAAUGAAAAUACUAAGGUGCAACAACUCAAAAUUAUACUUUAGUAUUUGAGUAUAUUCAGUCUACCACUGGUGAAGAGGAAGGAGAAGAAGACGAGGCUGGAGAAGAAGAUAAAGAGAUAAUUAGUCCUGACAUCAUCCUUAAAAACAUCCAGGUUCUGUAUCCAUCCACCAAGUCUGGCCCUGACUGACAUAUAGAGACGGACCAGUGUUUUACUCAAAGAAACGUGACAACAAUUCUGUUACUACGGUAAAAGUCAACUGCAACUUUUUUGAAGUAACUAUACCAACAACUGGGAAUUGUAUUCUGUACUAAAACCAAUUUUUGGGACACUAAAUAUCAUAAAUAAGGUCCCUUGUAUAGCCUGUCCCAGGGUAUAGCUCAGACCCAGCUGCCUGGGGUCGGGGAUGAGGUCUGGGAUGUGGUGGACUACAGCAGACCCCCACAGA